AUGUCCGACCACACUCCCAAGCUUAUUCGUAUUAGGCCGACUACGAACACGAUCCAACUCGUGCCAUAUUGGCCAGACAAUGCAGAAACAUGGUUUCUGUAUGCCGAGGCAGAUUUUCGAGAACAGGGUGUCUCAGAUCCUCAUUCUCGAUUUCUUGCCGUCAUACGGUCACUACCGCGAGAAUUAAACAGGUAUGUUACAGCACACAUGUUUAAUCCUGAAGUAAGUGAUCCUUAUGCACUUCUUAAGGCCGCACUCUUGAAGAAAAGCGAUCUCACAGAUCGCCAGCGCCUAGACGAAUUACUUCGUAACAUCGAGCUAGGCAGCCACUCAGCUACUGAAGUCCUCGCACGCAUGCGAGAAGUUAUCGGUGCACGAACAUUCGACGAUGGCCUCUUCCGAGAACUAUUUCUCUCGAAACUACCACAACCGGUGCAAACCGUGUUGGUGACACUGCAGUCAGUCCCACUCGAUGACCUGGCAGCCUCAGCAGAUAAAAUACUGGAGAUCUCUAGCAGACCCGUCUCCAACGUAUAUUCUAUCUGCGACAAACCAGAGCGCCAGGAUUCAGAGGUGACCAAGCUGUGCAACUCUGUUAAACAGUUACUACGAUCUCGAAGUCCUAGUUCACGUAGCACUUCACAGAAACGCGUCUUGGCGCAUCGCAGCAACUCGCGUGGUAGCCCCAAAACUAAACCUAGCAGGGUGGAAAACCCUGAAUGGUGCUGGUUUCAUAACACUUACGGAGAUGAAGCCAGAAAAUGUCGGAAACCAUGCCGUUUUAAGAAGGACACAAACUCGGGAAACGGUCACGCCGGCACGUGCUCACGGCAACCGUAG